UGCCCCGAUUGGCUGCCGCUGCUCCCGCUGUGACCGCCGGUUGGCCCAGGCCGUUGCCCCGGCAACGCGGGUUGCUGUGGUUCCGCGCCGCGCUGGGAGUUUGGGGUUGGUCCCAGCCGCCCGCUGGAACAGAGUGGCCUCGGACGCUGCAGGUGGCAAUCACCCAGACCCUAGGCCGGUAGUGAGACGCCUGCAUACCUGUCAGGUGGAGGAGGACAGACAGAGCAGGAACGGGGACCCGGCCUCUGCAGCUCUACCCCCGCGUCGGUUCCUGGUUCACCCGAGAACAGAGAACAGCCGGUCCAGCGUGUCUCCCGGCAUGAGGAACACGAGCAAGGAGCUGCACGGCGCCGCAAGCCGCUAUGCUCCCUGCGAUUGGUAUUACCACCUUCCUGUGAAGCAGUCUGAGAAAGCCGUGGAUGCCCCGCCAGCGUCCCAGAUCCCAGGCCUCAGUGACCUGAGGGCAGCCCCCAGUGGGCACACGCCCGGGGCACGAAGGUGCUUGGUGAAGGAAACGGACUCAGAGUACGUGAAGCUGGCGAAGCAAGGCGGCCAGCCCGAUCUGUUGAAGCACUUUGCCCCCGGGACCAGUAAGGGCUCCCCCGUGGCCUACUCCUUGCCAGACUGGUACGUCCACCACAGCCAGCCGCCGACGGCCGACCGGAGGCAGGUCCCCGCUGCGUCCAUACCGGAUUACAUGGUUUAUGAAGAGUCUAACCGCGAUCACGCCAGUGGCAACUACGAGUCCAGAAGGGGGCCCUUCGACUUUGACAUGAAGACGGUUUGGCAAAGAGAGGCAGAGGAACUGGUAAAGGAGAAAAAAAAGGUGAGGCUACCAGCCAUCAAGUCCAAGUAUCCGAGCAAAGCCGGGACCCCGCUUGGCCCCAAAGACCCUGCAGGAAGCAAACUAUCCUUUCCCCCCAUGCCUGGUCAAAAAAACAGUUCACCCACAAACGUUUCCAAACUUAUUAGCAAUGGAUAUAACGCUGAGUGGUUACAGCAGCAAGCAGACCGAGACAAGAGGACCCUGCAGACAUCCAAGGCCUCUGCUUCGUCUCUGUCCCAGUCUCCGUGGGACGCCGAGCCGCCCCCAGACCCGGAGGCUCCGGAAGGUGCCAAGGAAGGCCCAGAGUCUUCUCCUCCAAGUCCAGUAGCACCUCCAACUGCCUCAGCGCCCGCGGAGCGCAGAUAAACCCCGCUGUGAUGUGCAGCUAGGACCUAUGUAACAGCUAUAGUUAUAAGGCUCCUGUUACAGUUUGUUAACAUAGAUUCUCACGAAAUGAUCCAUCUUAGAACAGAUUUGACGUCGCUGCUGUGUAGAUGGUGCCAGUGUUGGGUUUUGUUUCUUGCAUCCCUCUGGGACGCCAGGCGCAUGGGCUUUGCGCCACUGCGCCUCGCUGGCCUGGGAAAUCCCAGGGUCUCGGAACAGGCCACUUCCUUCCCACCCUCGGCCGACGUCACCACCCGCGCGUGAGCCUCUACUGGCACUACUUCUGUUGAAAUCUACGGUUUAGACUCUUAACCGGAAAUAACUCACCCAAAAGCUUUUUCACUAUUUGGUCCUGUAAUCUUUGUAGGAAUAAUUUUUCUGUUACAAAAAGUAUUUAAUUCCAGAAUAUUGUGCAAUAGUUUAUAUUAAGAAACAGAUUAAUUUAUUAUGCCUUGAAAUUUUAAACAUUUAGUAUGAAAACAUUGUAGCAUUUGCUAGUUUUAAAUGUUUGAAAAUAUUUUUGGCAUAAACUGAAAUCCAUAAUAGUGAACAUUUAUUAUUUUGUAUUAAGUAAAAAUAUGUUUAAUUUAAAUAUUUAAUUUAGUAGUCUUAACAAAAAUGUUUUACUACUCAGACAAUUCUCUCAGUUUAUAAAUUUCAUUGCUAUUUAUAUGUAAUUAGCAUAAAAAUGUAGUUUUAUAUUUUGUACAUUUAAUUCACUCAUAAAAUAAUAAUAUUCUGCUGGAAGAUUUUCAGAGAGCCAAGUAAGUUCAGAGAUGUUUUAGCUUCUUUCCCAGAAUAAACUUAUCAUGCAUUUGCUCACGUAAAA